GUCCCAUCCUACUUACCAACUCCAUGAAGAUGGCGCUCCCAGUGUGUAUGUUAGUUACCCUCUUGGCUCUGACACAGAGUAUCAAAACAUCGGCCUUUCGAGGACUUGAUUUUGCUUCAGUUUUUGAAGGGCAGAAUUUUGCUCCUCCAGUCAUAAAUGAACAGAAUCGUUCAACAGAGAAAACGUCAAGUUUUGCAAAACGUCUGACGGAGAUAGAAAAACGUCUUACUGCUUCCAUCAAGGACGGAACGACCACGUUUGAGACUGAGACAGCGACCAAACUGGACAGCCGGUUGGAUGACCUCGAGAAACGGCUAGAAGAAUCAAAGACAAAUGAUACAGAUGUGCAGGAGACGAAGACAAAGGUAGAGAAGAUGGGAGAGACGCUAGCGAUCCUAGAAAACAAUUUGUCAUCUGUUAGUGAAGUCGCAAGCACCGUGGGACAACGUCUGGCUGCCUCUUCAGAGAAAAAUGAAAAGGACAUGAACAAAAUUAUCUCCAGGUCAGCAGCAACUGACCACAAAGUGACUGCUAUUGAGGAAAAGGUCGGAGCCAUGAAAUCGAAACUUACUGAUGUGGAGAGCAACUUUCAAAAGCUUGAAGCAGUGGUGAAGAGCGCGAAAUUGGCACAUGAUGACAAACAACGAGGGAAUAAGGGGACUGGCGUCAGAGCAGGAAACGAUGCUACAGGUAAUAUGGGGACUGGCGUCAGAGCAGGAAACGAUGCUACAGACGCACGGUGUCCAUCCGACUUUACCUAUGAUCAAAGUACCAAACUCUGUCUGAAGCUCCUGAGAACACCCAAGACGAGUUCAGAUGCCAAUAUUGACUGUUUGAUGCAAGCAGAUGACGGAAGGCUGGUCCAGAUGGAAACCCGGGAAAAGCACAUUGCUGUUGUAAAUUUUCUUCACACGCAAGGACAAAGAUCAGAUGUCUUCGUUGGAGGUGUUCGAGACAAUGGCAAGUACACAUGGUUGGAUGGAACCGAGAUCACGAACGGUAACUGGUGCCCUCAUCAACCUGAGAACAGAGACUGUGUGAGCCUGUGGCGUGCAAGAGGCUUCUGCCUAGACGACUCAUGGUGCUCAGGAAGGAACCCUUACGUAUGUGAGGUCCCUCUCGAGUAAAAGAGAAGGCUGCACGGGCAUUUUCGAGACGUCCUUUGAAUGUUUUCAACUGAAUAAAAUAUUCUGCAUGGC